GACAAUUCUGGCACCACCUUACCAUUCUCCAGUCAGCGCAUUUCACGGUGACCCACUCGUCGCACAGCUUUAUUGCUUGGCAUUCUUGAAUCUUUCUGACGUACAGCGCAUUGCACGGAACCAGAUUACGUUCCGUCAGCGUCGUCGUCUGCGACAUUGCGAAAGCCCGACAGCAAACUCCGCUAGAACAGCACGCUCAGCCCCGCUUCAGCAGCUAUGGCAAAUCUGGGCACCCGAAACUUCUUGGCGUCUUCCUCAAGAUUCGCUCUCACACCACGUUCGUGUCUUCCAACGUUAAACGUCAGAUCUCCAGUGCAAUCUAGGCGGCAUUCGCUGUCGUUAUACGACCGAGCGCGCUGCCGAUCGUUCAGAUGCACCUUGGCGAGCGACGUCGGGGGGAGGGAGGGCGACAGUGCGAGCGACGAUGACGCAAGCGAGCGAGCAGGCGGGUCGCGGUGUUUGGAUCUGCAGCGAAUCGGGAUGAGAAUUGGGAACCGCGUCAUUCUGGAUGACGUGUCACUCCACGUGGACAGCCGCGAAAUUGUGGGGCUGCUGGGGCCCAACGGCGCGGGCAAGAGCACCACCUUCAGCAUCGCCGUCGGCAGGAAGACCCCGACAGCUGGCACCGUGCGAUUGGCCGGCGCUGACGUCACGGGGGUGCCCCUGGAGCGGCGGGCGCGGCUGGGCGUGGCGUUCCUGCCACAAGAGGCGAGCAUCUUCAGGGGGCUGUCCGUGGCUGAUAACAUCCGGCUGGUGCUGGAGGAGGGACCACUGCCUGCGCACUUGCAUGGUGCAAGGAUGGAGGAGCUGCUGCACAAGUUCGACCUGGUCCACGUAGCAGGCACGCUCGGGCGCCACCUGUCAGGCGGAGAGAGGCGCCGAGCGGAGGUAGCUCGAGCCCUGGCCGUGAAGGACAGCGACUGCAACCCGCCGCGCUUGCUAAUGGUGGAUGAGCCCUUUGCAGGCGUGGACCCCAUAGGCGUGCAGCACAUGCAGGCCAUGCUGCGGGGGCUGCGAGAGCAGGAGGGCAUGGCGGUGCUCAUCACGGACCAUAACGUGGGGGAGACGCUGGGCGUGUGCGACAGGGCGUAUGUCAUGCACGAGGGGAGGGUGGUGGCCUGUGGCACGCCUAAGGAGGUGCUGGCCAAUCCGGCUGUGCAGCGCUUCUAUCUGGGACCUGCCUUCCCUCGGCAGGCAGUACUGUGAUGCAACAGCAGCCGAUUACCACUAGUAGCCGCCAUGCGUGGGAACUACAUACCGGGAGUUGUUGAGGUGGCUGCGGGAGCAGGAGAGGCUGGCGGUGCUCAUCACGGAACCAUAGUGCGGGGGAGUCGCUGGGGGGCUGUGCGACAGGGCGUUCAUUAUGCAUGCAGGGAGGGUAGUGGUGUGCGGCACGCCCAAUUCGGCUGUGCGGCGCUUCUACCAGUAUCUAGGGCCUGCCUUUCCCCAACAGGCAUCACUAUGAUGUUGUGGAAGGGAUACUUGGGUUGGGGUGCAUUGGCAAGGGUUUAGGGGUUUGCACUACACGUGCAUGCAAAGCCGAAAACUCAGUGCAACACGAAGCAGUCUUGACAACCAAAACUCUUGUGCUUUGCACAGCAGUUC